AUGGCACAAGGUAACCUUAAGCUUAGAAGCAAAGCUAAAACUAGAGUUACCAAAAAGCAGCAAAACCCUCGUUCUGCUGCUCCCAAGAUCAUUAAGCCAAAGAAGGCUUCAGCGAAACAGGCUUUCAAACUCCUGAAAUCUCUCAGUGGGCUGGCUGGAACAGAAAAGUUGAUUGCUAGUCGUGUGGGUCACUUAGAACUUAUCAAGGGCUCCAGAAGAGAAGUCGAGAAAGAAGAGAAGGCCAAAAAGCAAAAGGAGAAGAAGUAA